GUACGGUUAAAAACGUAUUCAACGUUGAAUAACCGUGGUUACGCUAUUCCGUUCGCACAGAUGACUAUGACAUAUCUUAUAAUCGCGGAAGUGGUGGAAACAAUCGUUGUCCUGAAUAAUAAAAUAUUUUUUUGAAACCGGUCCAAUUCAGGAGUAACCUCCAGUUAAAAUGGAAGACGACGCACCCGUCAUUUAUGGACUUGAAUUCCAGGCACGAUCACUUACUGCCCAGACAGCUGAAACUGAUGCUAUUCGUUUCCUUGUGGGCACACAGUCUCUGAAGUUUGACAACCAGAUCCACAUCAUUGACUUCGAUGAUGAGAAUAACAUAAUUAAUAAGAAUGUCCUUCUACACCAAGCUGGAGAGAUAUGGAACAUUGGUGCCAGUCCUGCAGAUAAAGAAGUACUUACCACCUGCUAUAAUAAAUCCAGUGACAGCCGGGUGGUGUCGUGUGCGGCAGUAUGGCGGAUGCCCUCCAAUUGGGAAACAGGAAGCCAUGAGUCUCCUGACGACUCAGCCCACAACCCUCAAACGUUGGAGCUGCUUUGUCACCUAGAUGACAGUGCCCACGGCAACGCAGUCUGCGUACUGUGGGAGCCAUUGGGGGAUGGCAAGCAUGUGAUUUCAUUGGCUGAUAACCAUGUACUUCUUUGGGACCUGCAGGAGAGCUCCACACAGGCCACUAUCUCCAGCACUGCUAUGCUUGAGGGGAAAGGGCAACUAAAAUUCACCUCCGGCAAGUGGAGCCCUCACCAUAACUGCGGCCAACUUGCCACUGCAAGUGACACAGCAAUAAGAGGCUGGGACCUCCGCACCAUGAGUCAGAUUUACUGUAUCGAGAACGCUCACGGCCAGCUUGUGCGUGACGUGGACUUCAACCCGAACAGGCAGUAUUAUUUGGCCAGCUGUGGAGACGACUGCAAGGUUAAGUUCUGGGAUGUCCGUAAUGUCCAGGAGCCCAUCAAAACCCUGGAGGAGCACUCACAUUGGGUGUGGAGCGUCCGCUAUAACCACAGCCACGACCAGCUGGUGUUGACAGCCAGCAGUGACAGCCGCCUCAUCCUUUCCAACAUGGUGUCGAUAUCCUCAGAGCCGUUCGGCCAUUUGGUGGAUGAUGAGGAUCUCAGCGAGGGCGAGGACAACCCGCAGGAAGAUAAGGGCAAGGAGCCUCUGAAAGACAGCGUGGUGUCCACCUACGAGGAGCACGAAGACAGCGUGUACGCAGCUGAGUGGUCGUCGGCCGAUCCGUGGCUCUUCGCCUCGCUCAGCUAUGACGGCCGCCUCGUCAUCAACAGGGUCCCCCGCACCCUGAAAUACCAGAUCCUUUUGUAAGGGAACAUUUAUGUACAUGAGACAAAGAAGGUGUGAUUAAUGUAAAUACAGUAGACGUCUUGUGACUUAACACUGUAAAUGAAAGAUUCCCGCUAACAGUUGUUUUUUCCAUUGUCUGCUUCUUCAGUGCUACCUUUACAUGUCAAAGACAUUUUAUUCAACUUGGCAUGCUCAUUUCGAAACGUCAAUACGAAUCCUAUUGUGCAGCCUCAUCAUACAUAUUUGUCCUUCUGCUGUAACAUUCCAUUCAGAAUAAUAGUGUAAAAAAUCUGAAAUUACAAUUUCCCGAGAAAUUAGCUGGGAAUACGGUAUGUUCGCAUUCUGUUGAAAAGCGUAAAGCCUGUUAAAGUGGAUUAACCGGCUUGUCAUUGGACAUCGACAAUAUCAUCUCAAGCUAUCAGAAAUAUGAACCCUGGGUGUUGUGAGCAGCAUAGGGGAUGUCAUAACAGCCAUGGAAUCAUUAAAUCAUUCCAAAUAA